AUGUCUAGUGCAAAUGCAAAUACUGUUUAUGGCGGAGACGAGAUUAAUGCCAUCAUUCUCGAUAUUGGAACACAUACAACCCGAAUUGGCUAUGCCGGUGAUGAUUUCCCCAAAAUUAUUACAACUUCAAACUAUGGCAAAACCUCGCAAGGUACCAAGGUAUAUGGAGAAAAUAUAGAUGUUUUGCGCUCUGGGGGCACUACUGUUCAUCCCAUAGUUACCAACUCGCUUAUCACAGAUUGGGAUGCUGCAAUGGACCAGUUUGCGUAUUAUUUCAAAUUGCUCAAGAUUGAGCAAAAAGAUCAGCCUAUAAUGAUCACUGAACCCAUCUGGAGUACUUAUGAGUAUAGGAAAACUUUAGUCGAAAAGAUUUAUGCCAAGUUUGAUUUCCCAGCUUUAUAUCUAAUCAAGGUACCAAGUUGCAUAAGUUUCCAACAAGGAAGGCCCAAUUGUCUCGUUGUCGAUGUAGGCUAUGAAAGCGCUAGUGUCACACCCGUUGUUGAUGGAAUAUGUUUGAUUAAAAGUUCGGUAAGGACACCAUACGCAGGAAAAUUCUUGGACAACGUUGUUUCAGAUUCGAUAAAGAAUUUAAAAAGUAAAAGUGAUGAUAGUGCAAAGAAAAUAAAUGAUGAUGGUGAUGAUGAUGUUGAUGUUGAAAAGAAUCAAGCAACUAAUGAUGAGAAGAAUGGAGAAAAUGAAGGGCGCGAUAAUGCUAAGGAAGUGAAAAAACCAACUAGUAUUGCUAUUGAACCAGCCAUUCUCAUCAAAAGCAAAGAUGCGACUAGUUUUCCACAAGAGGCAGCUAGAUACGAAUUGAAAUCAUUUGCUGAAGGAGUUACCAUUACCGACUCUUUUAGGAAAUAUGAAGAAGAUAAGAUUUGGCAUGAGUUCAAAGAAUCAAUGUUGGAAGUCCCUACUCAAGAGAAUAUUAAACACCUCCAGCAACAACAACAACAACAACAACAACAAACCCUGUUGCUGCUGCUGCUGCUGCUUCUACAGGCUGGAUCUGACUCCAAAGAUAUAGCACUGCACGUUUCUGAGUUUUCGCAAAGGCUGUUUGAACUUCCUACGGGACAAUCCAUUACUAUGGGCCAAGAAAGAUUUACAAUAGCCGAAACAAUAUUCGAUCCUAAAUCGUAUACCUUCAAUGACACAGAGUUGACCCCUCCGUCUUCGAACGGAGACAUCCCAGGAAUAGAACAAAACACCAUUAAUGAUUACCGGCCAGUUAAACGUAUACGAAGAAAUGAAGAUGAGGACAAUGGCGAUUCUGCUAAUGGCAACAAGCAAGCUGAUGUACGCGGGUUGGUUGAAUUAGUUUCGUACGUUAUAAACAACAUCGAUAUUGAUCUUCGUGCAGGUUUGGCAAAUAAUAUUAUUAUCACUGGUGGAACUUCGUUGGUUACGCAAUUAACUGAGAGGUUGUAUCAUGAAUUGACUUUGAAAAACCCCGGUUUGAAAAUCAGAUUACAUGCUGUGGGUAACUCGACGGAAAGAAUCAAUCAGAGCUGGAUUGGAGCUAGUGUACUUGCUAGUUUGGGAACUUUUCAUCAAAUGUGGGUGAGCAAAAAGGAGUGGGAAGAUGAAGGCUCGGAAAGGAUUUUAAAUCAAAGAUUUAGGUAA